GAUGCUUGUUUGCUUUCAAUGAAAACGAGGGGGGCGCGGAGGAGGAGGCGGCGGCGUCGGUGUCGGCGGCGUCGGCGGCGCGGAGGCGAAGGCGGCGGUGGGCGCAGCGAGGAGGGCGAGGCCGGCGGCCGAGAGAGCGGGAAGGCGUAGUGGCGGCCCUUCCGGGCGGCUGAGGCGGGCGGCCGACGCGGUGGCGCUCGAAGGGGGAACAAAGAGCGGCAGCUGAGGCGGCGGAGGAGCGGCGGCGACGGCGCUGCAGCAGCGGGCGGGACUGGUAUGGUGUUUCCACAGGUCAGACCCCGCUGCACUCACAGGGAGGAGGCGGCGGCAGCGGCAGCAGGCAGCGCACCCCGAGAGGCAUGCCCAAAGAAAAAUACGAGCCCCCUGACCCUCGGAGGAUGUACACAAUUAUGUCCUCUGAGGAAGCAGCAAACGGAAAGAAAUCAUAUUGGGCAGAGCUUGAAAUAAGUGGAAAAGUCAGAAGCCUAAGCUCAUCUUUGUGGUCACUGACUCACUUGACAGCUUUGCAUCUGAGUGACAACUACCUGUCCCGCAUCCCUUCAGACAUUGCCAAGCUUCACAAUCUGGUGUAUCUGGACUUGUCCUCUAAUAAAAUCCGGAGUUUACCGGCAGAACUCGGAAACAUGGUAUCACUCAGGGAACUCCAUUUAAAUAACAACCUGUUACGAGUUCUACCUUUUGAGCUGGGAAAACUGUUUCAGUUGCAGACUUUAGGCCUGAAAGGAAAUCCACUUACCCAGGAUAUACUGAACCUCUAUCUGGAACCAGAUGGAACAAGAAGGCUACUGAACUACUUGCUUGAUAAUUUGGCAGGUACUGCAAAAAGAAUUUCAACAGAACAGCCACCUCCAAGAUCGUGGAUUAUGUUAAAAGAACCAGACAGAACAAGGCCAACUGCCUUGUUUUCUGUCAUGUGCUAUAAUGUUCUUUGUGAUAAAUAUGCGACCCGGCAGUUAUACGGCUACUGUCCAUCAUGGGCACUAAAUUGGGACUACAGGAAAAAGGCCAUUAUUCAAGAAAUCUUGAGCUGCAAUGCUGAUAUCAUAAGUCUUCAGGAGGUUGAAACAGAACAGUAUUACAGUUUUUUUCUGGUAGAACUGAAAGAACGUGGCUAUAAUGGAUUCUUUAGUCCUAAAUCUAGAGCUAGGACAAUGUCAGAACAAGAAAGAAAACAUGUUGAUGGCUGUGCAAUAUUCUUCAAGACAGAAAAAUUUACUUUGGUUCAGAAGCACACUGUUGAAUUUAAUCAGCUAGCAAUGGCGAAUUCAGAAGGGUCUGAAGCUAUGUUGAACAGAGUCAUGACAAAAGACAACAUUGGAGUUGCGAUACUGCUAGAACUUCGGGAGGAAUUGAUUGAAAUGUCAUCUGGAAAGCCACAUCUUGGAGCAGAAAAACAACUUAUUCUUGUGGCUAAUGCGCAUAUGCAUUGGGACCCUGAAUACUCCGAUGUGAAGUUGGUUCAAACCAUGAUGUUCCUCUCAGAAGUGAAGAACAUUAUUGAUAAAGCCUCUCGAAGUCUCCAGUCCAGUGUAUUGGGAGAAUUUGGAACUAUUCCACUGGUGUUAUGUGCAGAUCUUAAUUCUUUGCCUGACUCUGGUGUUGUAGAAUAUUUGAGCACAGGUGGAGUAGAAACAAAUCAUAAGGACUUUAAGGAACUGAGAUAUAAUGAAAGUCUUACCAACUUCAGCUGUAAUGGGAAACACGGGACGACCAACGGAAGGAUUACUCAUGGUUUCAGGUUAAAGAGCGCCUACGAGAGCGGCCUAAUGCCUUACACCAACUACACGUUUGACUUCAAGGGUAUAAUUGACUACAUCUUCUACUCUAAACCUCAGCUGAACACUUUAGGCAUCCUGGGACCUCUGGACCACCAUUGGCUAGUUGAGAAUAAUAUCAGCGGCUGCCCACACCCACUCAUUCCCUCUGACCACUUCUCACUUUUUGCACAACUGGAGCUCUUACUGCCCUUCCUGCCCCAAGUCAAUGGCAUUCACCUUCCUGGCAGGAGGUAGUCAAGUACCCGCAGAGGACGACCUCAGUUUUGCUUGCAAACUCACAAAAAUCUGAAUAUAGGGGAGUGAGGUAUGGCCACUUAGGGUUUUUUGUGUUUUCUUCCUUGAUGAUUUGAAUUUCCAAUCCGGUUAUUUGAUAAGGAUAUAGUAUGAAAGCCAGGUGCUAGCAACAGACACAUUCUGAGCCCAAUAUGCUUUAUAUACUGUUAGACAGGGAUUGGUGUAUUUGCACCUAUCUUUAAUUUGUUACAAGUGAUUUUCCUGUUUCUUCUAUCCAAUGAUAUUUUCAUGCCUUGAAAUAGGAAAAUGUUUGAACAGCAUAUUCUCUUUGCACAGAAAUCUGUAGCACUACUUUUUUGAGGCCAGUAAUAACAUCCAGAGACCAUUCCUCCAUACCUUGCUCCCACCUUUUUCAGACUUGUUUGUAAAAUACAGAAUUUGAAUUUAGCCUUUAUCAUUGUAUAUGAUCUGCAGAAGACCUGAUUUAUGAAAUUUUGUACUAAAAAAAAUCAGAUUUGGAAAUGAUUGUAUUGUAAACUAAGGCUAAGUUUUUUUACCUGUUUCAUGUGUUAUAAAGGCCAGCUUGUAAAAGAAGUUGCAACAGACUUUCUCUGCUGCUGAUUUGCACUGUUAGGGUUUUGUUAGCCCUUUUGUACUACUUUAUUUUUAAAUUGAGAACAUUGCUCUUUAAAUCUAAAUUUGUUUGAAGCUUAGGACAUUUCCUCAGACCACAGGCAACUUAUCUGUAAAUUCCUGGAUUUUUACAAAAACUAUCUACCAGGAAAGAUAAGCUGAGCAGCGAAUGAUCUGUAGGCAUUUAUGGACUGAAUGUAAUGGUUGAUGUUUGUACAUUCUGAUAUUUUUAAAUCUUUAACUUUUUUAAGUUAAAAAAUUACAGCUGCUUAGGUGCAGCUUCUUAACUCCCUUUUGAGACACUCCCUGUCCUAUUUCCACCGUGCCUGCCUAAAUUUGUUCUCACCAAGCACUGCCUGUGCACGCAGAGAAAAUCUGUGCAUCCUCUUUUAUAGUUUUUAAAUACUGUUUAACAUUGUGAGGAUUUUAUGAAAAUGCUUUUGUAUGAGCUACGGCUUUUUCCCAUUGUGAAGCAUUUGGAUAUCACACUUAGGAACAAGCUUGUAGGGUGGGUCCCUGGGUCCUCGCUCACCAGGCCCGGGCACUGCUUCUUGGUGCUAGUGCCCAGUGCUGUCUGUCACCCAAAACUCUGCUAUCAUGUGAAUUCUUUUGUUUUCCAUGUAUUCCUUGGUCUCCCAUGUUUUUUAAAAAAUCAUUCCUUUUUUUUUUUAAAGUAAUUAUCCAUUUAUGAAGCAGUAUAAAUAGGUAUGUUUUCAAAACAGGUCCCCAAGACAAUUCUUCAGAUCAUUUUUAAAGUGACUAAGUCAUUUUAAUAUGUCAACCAAGAUAACAGCCUGUAACCCUGUAUUUUACCCAUAAUGUCAGUAGUAGAUUAGAGAUUAAAUUCAGUUUUGCACACUCAUGUAUUCUGUUCUCAUUCAUUCUCUUAAAAAUCAAAUGAAUUCAGAGGGAACCUGGUCUAACCACUUUUGUUUCAACUGCAGGCAGGGGAGCAAAAGAACACCAUGUGGGUAUUAAGAAAAAAAUUGUUGAAUGAUAUUAACAGUUUUUAUACAGAGAAUGAGUCAUUUUGGAUAAUGACUUAAAAUUUUAUGAAAAAUGUUCAGCGCUUAAGUGUGCUUAUUCUGUUUUUAGGAGAAAAUAAAAUUGCAUAUUGUUUAAAUAAAUGAUUCUCCCCCCAUCCUCCUUUUAGGAAAAAUUAUCCAAAAGGUUUUGAUCUUGAAUCUUUGUCUGGGGCCUGGUUUUUCCUUGGAGGUUUUUAAAGACCUUUGUUGUGAUCACUUUUUAUUUUUGCUUUUUGUUUAAGUUAUGCUGACACCAAACACAUCCAGUUUAUAAUCAGGACAUUGGAAAGCUGGUAUUACCGAUGUAGAGCCAAUGCAUAACUUCUUAUGGGGCUUUUGUUUUACUUUUUUGUAAAGUGUGAAUAAAAGGUGUGUUUUCUCACUUUUCCUAAACACUGUGUUGGUAAUGUGCAUCAUGAAGAUUUCCAGCAAGGGUGAACUGGAGCUGGUUGGACUGAUGAGACAAGGAAACGGCUUUUCCCAUCGUCUGCAUUGUGUAACAACAGGUCUAGAGAGCUUUACAGAAGAGGGAGGGGAGAGGCACUUAACUCAUUUUGUAUUUGUUAAUGGAAGAUGUAUUCUUUUCAUAGAUGCUGGAACUAGAGUGCACUUGUUAGAUACUAAAGGUUUGAGCUUUACACAAAAUAUUCUCAUCUGUAUUAUUGUCUAUGAUAUAUAUGAAUUUGGGGGCAGCGUGGUAAAAUAUAAUGGCCUGUUAUGUCUUGAAAAUAUUUGUUCUUGCCUUUUCUAGGCAUACUGCAUUCUGUGGGUACUUCAGACAGCUUCUCCAUCUUAUUUAGGUAGUGAUAAAUUAAACCAAGGGUGUAGAUUUACAGUUAUAACCUUCAAAAGAGAAAGGAAUAUUUCGAGUCUGUAGGGAAUUAACAACCACACCAAAAUAGACUAUGAUACUUUUAUUAAGCAAGGUUUUGUGUUUUAAAUAUUUUCUGUGUCCUGAAUAAUUCCUUAUAAUCCGUACUCCCUAAAAUGCAAUAAAGACUAGUGUAUUUCACAGUAUAGAUUUUUUUUCAAAAAUUCUGUAGCAAAUAUAUUUAAUGUGGUGUUGCCAUAAUGUAAUUUCAGUGUUCUUGCUGGAUAAAUUCAUCUUAAGAAUGUUUCAUGGAAAACUGGGUAUGUUUUCUGUUUUAUUGAUGAAAAAUUUGGAGGCAUUCAAUUUUUUGUUAUAAAUCUCUUGAAGUACAUUUCAGGUGAUUAUUUAUGCUUUGAGAAUUUAAAUAAUGCUCAUCAAAAUUCAUUUAUGUAUGGCAUAAUUUAAAGUUGUAGAAAUACAUUAUUGAUUGCAACUUUUACCAGUCCUAGAAGACAGGCAAGGAGCAUCUCCAGGAAAUGUUGUUUUUAUUUGUACUAGAUUUGGUAACAGCCAGAAAAACUUAUUUUCGAGUUAGCACUUUGAAACCUAAGGACAUUACAACAUUGGAUGGAAUGCACUUCCAAGUGUUGAAAUGAAAAUUGCAGAGCUCUUCAAAGAUUCAGGUUUUUGAUAACAAAUUCAUUUUAAUGUUCCAUCUUUUUUUUACUUUUUAAAUGCAUAGAACUAGUUUUCAUAGUGACUUAAUGUUUUGAGGUCAUACUGUAUAAGGACAAAAGCCACCCUAGGCCAAACAAUCCCAGCAGUUUGUUCCUUUAAUGAACCAAUCCAAAUUCCCAGUACAAAUGCUGCAGGUACUUCAAAGAACACCUUUAGCAAGUGUUUCUCCCCUACUCGGAAACAGUAUUUUACAAUGUUUGCUUGUUCUUCUUUUUGUUGUGUAAAUUUUAAUAACCCUUACGUUAAAGUGGUGUCUGAAAUAGAGUAUCUAGUCUUUAUUCACAGCACAUUAUAUGGUGUAAUGCACUGGAUUGAUGUUUGCUCACUAUCCAUGUAACAGCGCCCAGCACUGUCUGUCUGCACCAAGCUCCCAAGACUGUCGCGUCUGCCUGGGCGGCUCUUCCGAAGGGUACCGGGAAACUGAACAUGCGCCUAUGGACUGGUGGUAACAAGGGCUUUACUGGUCUUUUCAGUGGAACCUUCUUGGUCGAAUUGUAACUAGCUAGUAUUAUAUUUAUAUACAGGGUCUCUUUUCUUUACCGAUGUAUUUUCCUACUCAUAGCCAACCAAUAAAUUCAAUAUCUGUUUCAAUUA